AUGGACUCCUUGAGUGACGACGCCCGCACCACGUGCCGCGCGUCGUCUACAUUAGACCGCAACAAGAAACUAUAUGGUGCCCACAAUUUGCUUUCGACGGACCUGUCAACUUGCUGGAACUCAGCGCAGGGCAGUCCGCAACAAGUACAGUUACUUUUCAACCGCGUCGUGGACAUUUCCACGUUGCGCAUCAUGUUCCAAGGAGGUUUCGUGGGUCAGGACGUUCAGGUGCACGUGAAAAAGGCGGGAGGCAGUGUGCAAUGGGAAGAAGUGGAUGCGGAUGUGGACCCGGAAGACUCGAACGACUUGCAAGAGUUUCCUUGCAAACUGCAACAGGUGGAGGCGAUUGCACUCAAUUUCCAACGCAGCACCGACUUCUACGGUCGCGUUGUGAUUUAUCGGUUGGAAGUGCGAGGAACUGAAACUGCGUAA